AUGGAAACAAAAUUAAUGUUUUUCCUUAUUUACUCCUUGGUUGGCUUUUGUAUCUUUUUAGAUUACUAAAAGUUAAAUAGAUCUGAUGGAGUUUAUUAAGAUGAAUGCGAAUUAGAUGAUUUAAAAGAAAAUGAAUAACACGAAGCUAAUAGAAUUGCAAAACAAUAAAAUGUAUUAGAAAUUUUAGAAAGAGAAAAGACUAAUGGUGGAUAAUGUUUUCUUGAUGCAAUUGCUGAGGUAAAAAAAUAUACAGAUUAUAAUUAUCAUUAAUUUUAUGAAUACUAACUUUUUUGUCUCUUUUUGCGAUGUGGGAUUGAAGAGGAUAUUCCCUCAGCCGAAUUAUUCUCUUCCUGCAUAGAAACACAUUGUUACUUCGACUAUGGAACUCUUUCAGGAUAUUACUAAGAGCUCAAUCAAAAUAUUAAAAAAUGUUUACUGAGUUAGCAUAAACCAAAAAACUUCAAAUGA